AUGACGACUAUUCUAGGCGCAAAUUCAUCAGAAUGGACAGCAUCACCGAUUGUUUGGCAAGAUGUAUUCGAGAAUGGAUUUCGUGAAGACGUUCCUGUCAUUGUUCACUUGUAUAAACCCGGUUGGGAGGAAGUUUUGGAUGAAGUCACAAAAGCAGGAUAUAGAGCUAUAUUGAGUUCAUGUUGGGAUUUGAGUACAGUGGAACCUGGUGAUGACUGGAAGAGAAUCUAUGAAUGUGAUCCUAUUUCAUUUGAAGCCACAGAGGAACAGUUUAGCUUGAUAAUCGGAGGAGAAGCUCUAUUAUGGGGUCAAUACAUUGAUGAUGCAAAUCUCUUCACUGAAACAUGGCCAUUAGCUGCAGCUGUAGCUGAACGUCUAUGGUCUCAAGAACAGUCUGAAACAGAUGAAUUCGCACAACGUUUACAUGAUCUUCGAUGUCAAAUGUUGAGAUGGGGAUGGCCUGCUCAAGUAGUAACUGGACCUGGAUUCUGUUAUCCAUAA